UACGCAUGGUGAAAUUAUUGUUGCGUAUGUAAAACAUUGAGUAAAGCCUAUCUGAAAAAAAAAGAAGAUGGAUAUAUACUGGGUUAUUUUGUUUAUUGUUCUGGUGUCCUUAUUCAUAGAAAGAUUAGUGAGAAAGUUAAAGAUCAGUAGCUUUGAUCAGCGCUAUGUUGUCGUUACUGGAUGCGAUACGGGUUUUGGAAACAUGCUUGCUAAAAGGCUGGACGCCAUGCAGUUCCAUGUUUUUGCUGGCUGUUUUACAAGUAAGGCAGUUACGCAGUUGACCGAAGAAUGUUCGCGGAAUAUGACAGCUAUACAAGUAGACGUUUCAAAAGAUGCAAGUAUUGAACAAAUGUUGGAAACAGUUAAAAGAAAACUACCCGUAGAUAAAGGACUUUGGGCUGUUGUUAAUAACGCUGGAGUUCUCGGAACAGCAGGGCAAUGCAUCUGGCAAACGAGACAAGAUUUUGAAACUGUGUUAGCAGUUAAUUUUUAUGGUGUUGCUAUGGUAACAAACGCUUUUUGCCCACUAAUAUUGAAAGAACAUGGUCGAAUUGUGAAUGCAGCAAGUGUGGUGGGUCGGAUUGCACUUGGUCCGGCUCCGUACGUCGUUUCAAAGUAUUGUGUGGAAGCAUUUUCUGAUGUACUCAGACGAGAACUUUACAGAACAGGGGUAAAAGUAAGCAUACUUGAGCCUGGGUCAUUUAAAACGGGAAUUUUGGAUCCAAGCGCUCAAUUGAAAAGACUAGAAAAUAAAGUUAACAGCUUACCAGAUGAAAUAAAGGGGAAACUGCGAGAGGAUUACAUUAGCAUAAGUAUGGACAGGUUCAUAAAAGGAAGUUCUUAUGCAUCUAUUAACAUCAAUGAGGUUGUCGACGCCUACAUACAUGCCAUUACCGCUAGGUAUCCUCUGAAAAGAUAUCUGGUUGGCAAAGACGCAAAAAGUUUUAUGCGGGCAUUGUGGCUGCUUCCUGAAUGUGCUAGCGAUUUCAUCAUUAAUAAAUUGAUGGUAGUGGAUAUAAAUAAGGAGUAGAUGGAUUCUCUAUAAAAUAAUCUACAGAUAUUACGCUCUUUUUAUCUAAAAUAUCCUAGUUUUUCUUGAAUCAAUAUACAAUCUAGUUAGAUUUAAAAUGUAAUGCGUUAUGUACAAUAAACAUGAAAAGUCGAUUUCAGUUAUUAUCCCUAAAGGUGAAGCAAGGGCAAACAACUACUGGUAUCAUUGCAGCGUCACCUACUCUGCUUGUAAACAUUGCAUGAAAAUCAAAGCUUUCAGUAACGAAAAUCCAGAUAGAUGUCUACAAGUCGCUGGCGCCUGGACCGUCGUCUGCGCCGGCGUUCGAUUCUGAAAAUUUGUUCACGAUUACCAGCAAGUUGAACUUCGUACCUGUGAUUUUGAUAUAUUAAUAACUAAUUAGGAAUAAACAAAUGUCUAUCCAAUUUUAAAACAAAAAAUAUGACAUUGUGUAUAUAUCUAUUAUUGUUAUAAUUUUUAUAGAAAAUACUCUCAUGUACAUGUUUCAAUAAAAUUAUGUUCGCGCAUGUGUGCAAGAUCCUGUGUCAUAAAUAAGCACAUAUCAUAACUGAAUCAAGGAACGAUUUUUUCCCCCUGCAAUCAUAUUUCCCAGAGAGCUAUAUACGUUUCUUAUUGUAUUAUUGCGGCAUUUUAGUUUGAAGACGGUCAUAUUUGAAAACUGUAAUUAUAGUAGCAUGAUCGGACGGACGGAAGAAACGGAUAAACAGAUAGGAUGAUGCCCUCAAUUACUUUUACUUCUUUUUGCUGAGGUAAGAAAAAAAUCACAUUGACAAUUACAUCAAACUAAGGUAAUUCGGUGAAAGCCAUUUUCUUGUCAAUGAUUAUUGUCACAAAGGAAAGGUUUCGAAUUAAAAUAUUCGAAACAUUGCUUGUAGGACUCAUACAUAA